AUGGUCGGUGGCAAGGUGGAGAGCUCCCUCACCGCCCUGCUGGAGAUGGAUGCCCCCUCCGUACAGAAAACAUUCCACAAGAACCACUACCCACGACACUACCUGCUUGUAAUCUGUAACCUACCUCCACCACCUCCACCACCUAUACCUAUACCACCUACACAACCUCGCCGAAACGCACAUUGGCUACCUCCUCUUCUCCCGCCAUUUCCAGUCAUUCGCGACUGCGCUGCCUACUUAGUGCCCACUGCCAUCGCCUAG